CCCGGGGCUGCCCGUCCCACGGAGGACGCCCCGCCACUCCUUCAUUGCCCACCUACUAUGAGGAGCAGCCCCUCCCACCUGCCCAUAAAAGCCAAGUGCAUGUUACCAGCCGCGGGUCAGAGCGCUUCCCAGGUCCUCUCCGUGGGAGCCCGAGAGAGCCUGUCUCCCUGAUCUUACGUGCUCAAGAACCUGUUUUGGAAGUGGAGCAACAUCCUGUGAAGACACAGAAAAGUAGCCCCAAGGGUGCCACGGGAAGGCACAAGAAAGGACACUGCUCCUCAAUUCUAUAAGCCAGCCAAGUCUAAAUGUGAUGGCUGUGCUGCCCGGUCCUCGACAGCUUCUGGGAGUGCUGCUCACCAUUGCCCUGAGCUCCAUCAGGUUCAUUCAGGCUGGUGCCUAUUAUGGAAUCAAGCCAUUACCACCUCAAAUUCCUCCUCAGCUGCCACCACAAAUUCCACAGUACCAGCCCUUGGGCCAACAAGUACCUCACAUGCCCUUGGGCAAAGAUGGCCUUGCCAUGGGCAAGGAGCUGCCCCACAUGCAAUAUGGCAAAGAGUAUCCACACCUACCCCAAUAUAUGAAGGAAAUUCAACCAGCGCCAAGAAUGGGCAAGGAAGUGGUACCCAAGAAAGGCAAAGUAGAAAUACCAUUAGCCAGUUUAAGAGGAGAACAAGGUCCCCGCGGAGAACCUGGCCCUAGAGGACCGCCUGGGCCCCCUGGCUUGCCGGGUCAUGGGAUACCUGGAAUCAAAGGAAAACCAGGACCACAGGGCUAUCCAGGAGUUGGAAAGCCAGGUAUGCCUGGAAUGCCAGGAAAGCCAGGCGCCAUGGGAAUGCCUGGGGCAAAAGGCGAAAUUGGACCCAAAGGGGAAAUCGGGCCUAUGGGGAUCCCAGGACCACAAGGACCUCCCGGGCCUCAUGGACUGCCUGGCAUUGGAAAGCCAGGUGGACCAGGACUGCCAGGACAACCCGGAGCAAAGGGUGAACGAGGACCCAAAGGACCUCCAGGACCUCCGGGCCUUCAGGGUCCUAAAGGAGAGAAAGGCUUUGGGAUGCCGGGUUUGCCGGGUCUCAAGGGCCCUCCGGGUAUGCACGGCCCUCCUGGCCCUGUUGGGCUUCCAGGAGUAGGAAAACCAGGUGUGGCAGGUUUCCCUGGGCCUCAGGGUCCCCUGGGAAAGCCAGGGCCUCCAGGAGAACCAGGCCCACAGGGCCCUGUUGGAAUACCAGGAGUUCAAGGACCACCUGGGAUUCCUGGCGUUGGAAAGCCAGGCCAAGAUGGGAUCCCUGGCCAGCCAGGAUUUCCAGGUGGCAAAGGGGAACAAGGACUGCCAGGGUUGCCGGGACCCCCGGGUCUUCCAGGGGUUGGGAAACCAGGCUUUCCAGGUCCCAAAGGUGACCGGGGCAUCGGAGGUAUUCCUGGGGCUCUUGGACCAAGAGGGGAGAAAGGCCCAGUGGGUGCUCCUGGAAUGGGAGGUCCCCCAGGGGAGCCAGGCCUUCCUGGAAUCCCAGGCCCCAUGGGCCCUCCAGGUGCUAUUGGUUUCCCUGGACCCAAAGGAGAAGGUGGAGUUGUCGGGCCACAGGGACCCCCAGGUCCCAAAGGUGAACCAGGGCUCCAAGGUUUCCCUGGAAAGCCUGGUUUCCUCGGUGAAGUAGGGCCCCCAGGCAUGAGGGGUUUGCCAGGUCCCAUAGGACCCAAGGGCGAAGCUGGGCACAAGGGAUUGCCAGGUCUCCCUGGGGUUCCAGGGCUGCUUGGACCUAAGGGAGAACCAGGCAUUCCAGGGGAUCAGGGUCUACAGGGGCCCCAAGGUAUACCAGGAAUCGCAGGCCCUAGUGGUCCUAUUGGACCUCCUGGGAUUCCAGGUCCCAAAGGAGAACCAGGCCUGCCAGGAGCCCCUGGGUUCCCGGGGGUGGGGAAGCCAGGAGUGGCUGGACUUCAUGGUCCUCCGGGGAAGCCCGGUGCCCUUGGGCCUCAGGGUCAACCAGGCCUUCCGGGGCCCCCAGGCCCCCCAGGGCCCCCAGGGCCCCCAGCUGUGAUGCCCCCUACACCACCACCCCAAGGAGAGUAUCUGCCAGAUAUGGGACCAGGAAUUGAUGGCUUGAAACCCCCGCAUGCCUACGGGGCUAAGAAAGGAAAGAAUGGAGGGCCUUAUGAAAUGCCUGCAUUUACCGCGGAGCUCACCACACCUUUCCCACCGGUGGGAGCUCCGGUGAAGUUUGACAAGCUACUCUAUAAUGGCAGACAGAACUACAACCCGCAGACUGGUAUCUUCACGUGUGAGAUUCCCGGGGUCUACUACUUUGCAUACCAUGUCCACUGCAAGGGGGGCAACGUGUGGGUUGCCCUGUUCAAGAACAACGAGCCCAUGAUGUACACAUACGACGAGUACAAAAAGGGAUUUCUGGACCAGGCAUCUGGGAGUGCGGUGCUGCUGCUCAGGCCCGGAGACCGGGUGUUCAUCCAAAUGCCCUCGGAACAGGCUGCGGGGCUGUACGCUGGGCAGUAUGUCCAUUCCUCCUUUUCAGGAUAUUUAUUGUAUCCGAUGUAAAAA